AUGUUUCCUUCUCCCCAACAACGACAAAAACAAAAUGUAAAAUCAAAUGUUAAACCAGGAUUUUAUACAAUUGAAUUAAACAAAUCUGUUUGGGUUAUUCCUGAAUGUUAUCAAAAACUUACUCCCGUUGGGACUGGUGCUUAUGGAGCUGUUUGCUCUGCCGAAUGUAUAACUACCGGUGAUCGAGUUGCAAUUAAAAAAUUUACUCGUCCAUUCCAAAGCCCAAUCCAUGCAAAAAGAACACAAAGAGAAUUGAGACUUUUACGUUUAAUGAGACACGAAAAUGUUAUUGAUUUAUAUGAUAUGUUUACUCCUGAUAAUUCUGCUGAAACUUUAGAGGAUGUUUAUUUUGUUUCAAUUUUAAUGGGUGCAGACCUUUCAAACAUUUUAAAAAUUCAACGUCUUAGUGAUGAUCACAUUCAAUUUUUGGUUUAUCAAAUAUUACGUGCCCUAAAAUAUAUUCAUUCAGCAGGAAUUAUUCAUAGAGAUUUAAAACCUUCAAAUAUAGCUGUAAAUGAGGAUUGUGAAUUAAAAAUUUUGGAUUUUGGUUUGGCUAGACAAGCAGAUCAAGAAAUGACUGGGUAUGUUGCUACACGUUGGUAUAGAGCACCCGAAAUUAUGUUAAAUUGGAUGCAUUAUACACAAACUGUUGAUAUUUGGUCUGUUGGUUGUAUUAUGGCAGAAUUGAUAACUGGAAAAACAUUAUUUCCUGGAGCUGAUCAUAUUGAUCAAUUAACACGUAUAAUGUCUGUUUGUGGAACACCCAGUGAAGAAUUUUUAAAAAAAAUUUCAUCAGAAGAAGCUCGUAAUUAUAUUAGAAAUAUGCCUAGAAUUGAAAGAAAAAAUUUUAAAUCUUUUUUCCAAGCGGCAACUCCUGAAGCUGUUGAUUUUCUUGAAAGAACGUUAAAUUUAGAUCCGGAUUAUAGGCCAACAGCUGCACAAGCUAUGGAACAUCCCUAUUUUAAACAAUAUCACGAUCCAAAUGAUGAACCCAUUGCUGAUUCUCAUAUAGAAGUAGAUAUAGAACAGGAUUUGAGUAUUGAUCAAUGGCGUCAAAUGAUUUGGACAGAAAUUGAAGAAUUUCAAUUACAACAACAACGAAUUCAAAGCGAACAACAACAAAAAGAACAUCAAAAACAAAAUGAUAAUAUUGUGGAAGAAUCAGAAAUGAUUUAG